CAUUACUCUACCCCUGCUGCAGCUCCAGGAUCCAGCACACACUAUGAACUCAACCCCAGAGAAGAACGUCGAUCCAAAAUCUGUCAAAAGAGACUGGAUGCACGGACAGCAAGCUCUGGCUGAAGCGUGACAAAUCAUUCAGCUGAAGUGUUCCCGACAUGUGCCAACCAGCCCUGCUGACACUUGCAGUCUUGCUCUGCACAUCACCCUUGGUAUAUGGAGGAAAGGUUUUGGUGUUUCCCGUUGAUGGAAGCCACUGGGUCAACAUGAAUGUUAUUAUCCAAGCACUUCACGCCAGAGGUCAUGAAAUCACAGUGUUACGCCCAUCUGACACCUGGUAUAUCAAGGAAGACUCUCCUCACUACAAAGCAAUCACCAUUAAUUCCUCAGCUGGAUUUGACAAGGAACACUUUGGUUCUUAUGUUAUGCAAACAAUAAACAUGCGACGCAACGGCUCGUCAAUUUGGUCUCGCAUUUCUUUGGAAUAUGACCUAGUAAGACAUUUCGAUCUCAUGACCAAGCAGGUGCUUCAAAUGGUAGAAGACAUUUUUGAGAACACAAAAUUCAUGCAGAGCCUUCAAGAUGCAAACUAUGAUGUUCUCCUUACUGACCCUGCAAUUGGUGGUGGUGUGCUUUUGGGCCAUCGUUUGGGUCUUCCACUUGUCUUUAAUGUUAGAUGGACCAUUCAGGGUGAGGGGCAUCAAGCAAUUGCACCAUCGCCACUUUCAUAUGUCCCAAUAUCAGGAUCAGAGCUGACUGAUAAAAUGACUUUUAUGCAAAGGGUCAAGAACAUUAUUUACUAUGUUUUUACAUGUUUGCAAAUUUUAUAUAUUACAGAACCAAACUACCCUCCCUUUGUUCAUCGUUACUUUGGCAGUGAUGUACAUUACAUGGAGCUGUUUCAGGCAGCUGACAUCUGGCUGAUGAGAAAUGACUUCACCUUUGAGUUUCCGCGACCCACAAUGCCAAACAUUGUCUACAUGGCAGGAUUUCAGUGCAAACCCUCCAAACCUCUCCCCAAAGAGUUGGAAGAUUUUGUACAGGGAUCUGGAGAACAUGGGGUUAUUGUCAUGACAUUAGGGACUCUGGUGGAAAAACUUCCUGAUGAUCUUGAUGAGGAAAUUGCUGCUGCUUUUGCAAACCUUCCCCAGAGGGUCAUCUGGAGACACCAAGGCAAGAAACCAUCCACCCUUGGAAACAAUACUUUACUCUUGGACUGGUUACCCCAGAAUGACCUCCUAGGACACCCUAAGACCAAGUUGUUUGUGGCUCAUGGAGGUACUAAUGGACUGCAGGAGGCCAUCUACCAUGGUGUCCCCCUGGUUGGGCUGCCUCUCUUGUUUGACCAACCAGAUAAUUUCUUUAGGAUGGAAUCAAGAGGUGUGGCCAAAGUCUUGGACAUUGCAACAGUGAAUAAAGAAAUCUUCUUGGAUGCUCUAAAAGAAGUUCUAUAUGAACCUUCCUACAGACAGAAGAUGAAAGAGUUGUCCAGUCUUCACAGGGAUCAGCCCAUGAAACCCCUGGAUCGAGCCAUCUUCUGGAUCGAGUUUGUCAUGAGGCACAAAGGAGCUGCACAUCUGCGGACAGAGUCCUACAAAAUGUCCACCCUCCAGUACUACUCCAUUGAUGUUUUAAUAUUCAUCUUGGCAGUUAUAGCUGUAGCAUUAACAGUUUUUACUUUCGUUAUGAAUUGUCUCUGGAGAAGGCUAUACUAUAGAGGAAAGAUCAAAAACGAAUGAAGUUCUGGUAUACAUACAACUCCUAAAACUGGCAUUCAGCUUCAUGGUGUUUUUCAUUGUUCAAGUGUACUUCACAGAAGACUGUAGGGCGCAGUGCGAGUAUUGAGACUGGGUCAGAGAUAGUUGCAGUUGUUUCUUUAUUCUUGCAUUUGAAAACCAUUGCGCUGAACAGAAUAAAACAUAAAAAUUAUUCAUAUUCCUAGACAUACAUGAUAAGCAUAGUUUUUGAUACAUUCUAUUAUGAACAUUUUUUUUUCAAUUAAUUCAUUUGUUGCUUUGUUUUUUAUCUGUGGUCAAACACUUACAGAUAUGCGUCUGUAAUUAUAAAGGAUGGAAAAUUGAAAAUUAUAUCUUUUAUGUUGACUAAAUAAUUCAGGAUCAUGUUUAUGUCAGAGAACAUUAGGAUACAAACUAAUACAGGACAUUAGGAUUAGUCGAAAUGUACCUAUUGUGCGAAUGUAUGAAAGAGAUGAUUGUAACUUAUGUUUGACAUGUUUUUAAAUAAAGUUCAUCAAAUCAA